CUCGUGGAGUCGGAGGGCAUCGCCACUUUUACGGCGCUGCAGCGGCGCGGCGUGCCGAGCGAGAUGCUGUAUCUCCCCGGCGAGAACCACCACUGCCUGAACCCGCAAAACAGCGUCGUCUGGCACGAGACCGUGAUGCGGUGGAUCAAGUCGUGGACUGAGUGA